AUGGAGGGAGAUUGUGAUUCUGGAUCCCCAGAGGUGAAUGAUCUUGAUGUUGAGAAGAGUAAGGGUUCGGUCCAGAAGGGUUCUGAGGAUGCAGAUGAGGUCAGUAAGGAAUCUUAUCUGAUGGUAUCUGAUGUUGGUAUUGAGGAAAAGCAGGGGGCUGAUUUAGAGAUGAAGGGGCUUGAUUCUGAGGAGCAAAAUCUGCUUUUCAAAUCUGGAAAAUCUGCUGGGUCUCUCCAAUUUCAUGAGCCACCUAGGCAAAAUGGAAAGAUUCUUAUUCAGCCUCCAAGGGUAGCUGUUGAAGAAGGGAUUAAGAAAUGGUCAUCUGCAAUGAUUGGACAAUUUCUUGAUAAACCGCUUCCAUUCUUUGUGGUUAAGCGUGCUGUGGAUAGCCUCUGGAAUAGGUAUGGUACUAUUGAGGUGUUCCUCUUGGAAAAUGGGUUAUAUUUGUUUCGUUUUGCUGAUGAGAAAAGUAGGGAUGCUGUUCUGAAGGAGAAAUUGUGGUAUUUUGCCAAUAAGCCCAUCAUCCUAAGAAGGUGGACACCAGGUAUGCAAUUGCUGAAACUCUCUUUAGAUUCUGUACCUAUCUGGAUUAAACUGCAUAAUCUCCCUUUUGAGUAUUGGAAUACAAUAUGUUUAAGUCAUAUUGUUAGUGGGAUAGGGAAACCAUUAUGUGUAGAUUCGGUGACUGAAGAGCAGUUAAGACUUGGUUUUGCCCGAGUUCUUGUUGAGGUGAAUAUUGAUGCUGAAUUUCCCAAGGAUAUAGGUAUUAUUGGCAUUGAUGGGGAGAUACUAAAAAUUGGUGUGGAGUAUCCUUGGUUGCCGAUUAGAUGCAAGAAUUGUAGAUUGUUUGGACAUGCUACACAUACUUGCUCUAAGACUGAAAAGACUGUUUGGGUGCCUAAGAAGAUAGUUCCAGUCCAACAAGUAGUUCAACAAGAGCUUCCUAUUAAGAAUGCUAAGGGGUUGAUAAAUGAGGGCCUUCAGGUGUUGGUCAAUGGAAUUGGAUGGGGAUAUGAGGAGGGGCUUUUCUCCACAUUCAUAGACAUCCUUGUAUGGAAUGUGAGGGGGUUGAACCAUCCCUCCAAACAAAAUGAGGUUCGGAGAAUAGUAAAGGAGAAGAGGAUUAAAUUAGUCUGCCUUAUUGAGACUAGAGUUAAGGCUCAUAAGUCUAAUGAUAUUGUGGUUGCUUUGUUUCCAGAUUGGGGUUUUUGCUUCAAUUAUGAGCAUCAUUUUUUAGGCAGAAUCUGGGUUUGCUGGGAUAAAGGGGAGUUUGAUGUCACUAUUAUUGAUAAAUGUGAUCAAAGUGUGAGCUGCUGUGUACAUUAUCUUAAAGAGGGGUCCAUUUGGUUUCAGUCCUUUGUAUAUGGAGCUAAUAAGCCACUUGAAAGAAGGGUGUUAUGGCAGAAUCUAAAAACCAUAAAGGAUAGGGUGUUUCCUAAUCCUUGGAUCCUUUGUGGAGAUUUUAAUGUGGUGAGACAUUUGGCUGAGAAGUGGGGUUCGGAUAGGCUCAAUGCUUAUGAGCAGGAGUUUGGGGAAUGUUUAAAUAACCUAGAAGUUGUUGAUCUGAAGUUUAGUGGCUGUUUUUUCACUUGGAAUAAUAAGAGUGAAGGGGCCGAUUUUGUGGCUAGGAAGCUCGACAGAGUUAUGGUAAAUGAAGAGUGGCUUAUUAAGUUUGGGGAUACCAAAGUUGAUUUUCCUUCUGGAGGUGUUUCAGACCAUUCUCCUGCUACAAUUACAGUGGGUACACUGAUGAGUUUCGGUCCAAAACCUUUUAAAUUCUGUAAUUUCUGGUUGGAGAACACUGAUUUUCAGGAUUGGUUGACUGCUGGGUGGGGACAGAAGGUUUAUGGAGUGCCUAUGUAUAGGCUGUGCAGUAAACUAAAAGCCCUUAAAGUUGUUUUGAAGACUAAUACUGCAAGUUGUUAUGGUGAUAUUAGAAGUAAGGUGAUCCAAGCUCGAGAUAGACUUGAUAUGGCUCAAAGGACUGUUUUGGACUUUAGAGGAAGGGCUGAUUGUCUUCAGAAAGAGCGGAAAUGUCUUCAUGCUUAUGUUUCCAUCACAAAAGCUGAAGAGGCUUUCUUGAAACAGAAAGCAAGGAACCAAUGGCUGCAGCUUGGUGACCAAAAUUCUGCUUUUUUCCAUCGGGUUCUCAAAGGAAGCUUUUGGGGUCAAAGAGUACUAAUUUCACUGCUGCAUCUGCUGAGAGAAUUCAGUACCUGAUUUCUCCUAUUGUUCCAGUUGAUAAAGCUGCUGUGUUGGAUAGAGAUGUUACGGCUGAGGAGAUUAAGAGUAUUUUUUUCAGCAUGAAGCCUAAUAAGGCUCCUGGCCCGGAUGGGUAUACAGCUGAGUUUAUCAAGUCUUCUUGGCAUGUUGUGGGUGAAGAUGUUGUUAAGGCUAUAUAGAAUUUUUUCAA